ACUGUGUGGGAAGGCUGGGGUCUGGUCCGACUGUAGUGCGGUUUGCAUGAAGGAUGUGGGGAGGGUUGGUUCGAACGGCAGCGAAUUGCUCUGUCCGGGUAAAGUGACCCGCCAGGCCGGAGCUGUGCCGCGAGGAGUCAGUUUUGUGGCUGAAAGAAGCAGAUCCUGCAGCUCUGGGGUGUCUGUCCAAAGUCCCAACCUGCCAUUUGCAACGUCAGUCCGACACCAGCCUUUAGGUUUCAGUGAAAGGGAUUACAAGAGUUGGCCGAAAAAGCGAUAAUAUUGCACUGGAUGUGCUUACAUUUAAUUUGCACUCAUUGAUUGAAAUUGUUAUGGUGAGGGCUUUUGUGCUGGUUAGCAGAUGGCAUUUAAACUGUUGUAGAAAAUGAAUGGUGGGUGGCAUGAACUGAUUUUGUAGGUGUUGCUCUGGAAUGAGGAUUAAGCACAAGGAAGGCCAAAAAUGUGAUGCUUGGUGUGAAAGAUAACAAAGCUGUAAAGGGGAACAGCUGGGGGAGGCGGGUUGGCUCAGUUUGGAAAGGGGAAGGCUCAGAGGAGAUCUUACAUCUCUCUGUAGAUGUUCGAAAGGAGCUUGUGGCAAGAUUGGGGUCUUCCUUUGUUUCCAGGUGACAGCGAUCAGAUGAGAGGGAAUGGCCUCGAGUUGUGGCAGGGGAGGUUCAGGUUGGAAAUUACUAGAAACUUAUUCUCAGGAAGAGUAGUGAUGCAUUAGCACAGACUGCCCGGAGAGGUGGUGAUGUCACCAUCUAUGGAGGUGUUCAGUCAAAGUGGAACUGUACUUUGGGACAGAGACAAGUCCAUGAAGUCCAGUCAUACAUGGGACGUCUGGAGACUUCAGACAAAGAGUCUGUACACUUAGAAAAUGAGAUUCAGGCGAGAAUUGACAAGGUAUUCAGUGACUUGGAACGCUUGGAAAUCCUGUCCAGCAAAGAACCUCCCAAUAAACGACAGAAUGCUAAACUCCGAGUUGACCAGCUGAAGUAUGAUGUUCAGCAUCUGCAGACAGCUCUGAGGAACUUUCAGCAUCGUCGUUACAUCCGGGAGCAGCAAGAACGACAGCGAGAAGAGUUACUAGCUCGUACAUUCACUACUAAUGACUCUGACACCACCAUACCGAUCGACGAAACAUUACAGUUUAAUGAAUCCCUGCAAAAUGCCCAUCGUGGCAUGGAUGAUCUUAUUGGCAGUGGGACCAACAUUCUUCAGGGGCUGAGGGACCAGAGAUUGACAUUAAAGGGAACUCAAAAGAAGAUCCUGGAUGUUGCCAACACAUUGGGCUUAUCCAAUACAGUAAUGCGGCUGAUCGAGAAGCGAGCCUUUCAAGAUAAAUACUUCAUGAUUGGGGGAAUGAUUGUGACUUGUUUAGUUAUGUUUCUCGUCGUGCAGUAUCUGACAUGAGUUACUGAACUACUGCCAGAGGAUACCGUCUUUUGGAGCAAGGUGGACUGCCCUCCAAAAUGUACUUUCCUCUGAGUGCUGCUUUGGAUGAGCCCUUCCUGAGAACUUCAGAGUUUACAAAUCACACUCAGACAUGUCAUGUGGAAAGCACAUAGGGGAUCAAAUUUAUCUGGGGACAGUGUAGAUCAGAACGACCCUAUAAAAAUAUCUGUGGCCAUUACCACUUUCACCUUAUUGUCUGUUAGGUGUAAGAAUCUGAUUAAGUAGGAAGCAAAAGUGAAAAUUUUGUCCAGAUGUUUUUGCAAGGUAGGAAUAGGUUUUUUUGUUUUGUUAGAUAGGGAGAAGAGGAUGCAAAGGCAGAGCAUGAGAGGACAUGAGCCUUUCCUCUGCAAGCUAAAAUUGAUCCUGGUGUUGAAGGAAUUCUCUCACUGAAGAGACUUCUGCAAUACUUGUGGGUGCACUCCUGCAGAGUAAGAGUGCAGGAAGUGAAAGAUUCCCGUCUUUCUUUCACUUAGAGGGGAAGGACUUGUAAGGAGAGGUUCUGACUCUAAAAGCAUGGUAAUAAUCUCUGCUAACAUUUUUUGUAUACCCAUACAGUUCUAACCAGUGCAAACCUUGGUUUAGGCUGAAAUGAAGUAUGUUUCAGUAGCUUUGCUCUGCUGCUUCCUAGUCGAAGCUGAAUGCUGUACUCUUCCUGCUUCCUGACAGUUACAGAUCACUGAGUGUCAUCUCAGCAUGCCCAGUACCAAAUCCAGCCUCCAGAACUGUAACACUUGGCAUUUCUGGUGCUAAUGCACAUCCAGCUUUGAAUUUGUUACAUGAGAUGUUUGAGGUGGUGUGGUCUGUAGCCAGUAUUUUUGGAUUGGUGAAGCAGGUAAGUUUUUGUUGUGUUCAAAUUGAGAUCUUUCAUUUUUGUGUUCGUAGAGCCAGAAUGGGCUCUCUGCUGUUUUUGUUUGUUUUUAAUUCAGAGUAGCAGUGGGAUCAGGGCAACAAACCUCUCACUUAAAACCAAAUGUAAUUAGAAGAGUUUCCUGAACCUAUGUGUCUUUGGAUGGUGAACAUUUCUGUUGUCUCCCAGGGAAGGGCAGUCUCUGCAUUAUUCUUUGUACCUGCAAAUUUACUGUGAAGAAUGUUUUUACAAAAUGUCAUCUCACAGAGAUGAUAGCCAACUUAGAUUUUAUAUUCCUUGGCUGUGUAGAUACUUAUCCACAUUUAAAGACUGACAGUUAUGAAAUGCCGCAUAGUUUAAUUACAGUACUCAUUUCCUUGUAAACUUUGGAGGCUGUUAGAAUGAUUAUCCUGUGAUCUCAGACAGCCUUUAAUCUCAAACGGUCUUCAGAUAUGUUCUUACUUCAAGUACAAAUCAGGAGCAUUUCCAGGUGUUAGACAUAAGCACAGAUGUUUCACAUUUGGAUGAUGUGGCAUUCUGCUAGGAAUUCCUCCAUCUUUCUGUCUGGAAGGGUUGUAGAUCUUUUAAUUAAUAACACUUUACAAGUGUUGUAUUUGUUCCAAUAAGCUUUGCUUUCAUAAUUAUGUAGCUUGUUGCAAACCUCAUUUUUUUUAAACAGUUAUUAAUACAGUUUCUUCAAAUUCUGCUAGCAAAGCCAAGUGAAACAGGCUUCAGCAGUGCUUGUUUACUGUUGCCUAAGUAUUGACUGAUCUGUGUGCUGUGACAGAUCUUUAAAGUCCAGAUAAGACUAUCCAAUUUGAUCAGCCAUCUCCAACCAAUCAGCUUCAUGUUUGGACUCCAGGAAAAGCAGCAUGCCACUGCAGACCCAACAGUGGAGGAGGCCAUGAUGCCGUCAGUGCCUAGGCAGUCUCAUCAGAUGAUUCAGCUGAAGAAAGCAGACAGGCUCGAACGCUUACUGAACAUCCUUUGUGCUGAACACCUCCUGACUGGCUGUUUUAUGGAUGGUUUUCAAGUACUUCACUCUGUGUUCUCAGUUUUCUGCACCUCAAGAGAACAUGUUUGCAGACCAUGAACAGAAUCAGUUUAUGUGUAAGCCAGGAUUAAGGAGUUUAAAUGAGGAAGUCUGCAGUGACAGAUCAUCUGUCUUAGUGUACUUUAUAAACUAUCUUAAGUUUAUUUAAAUAUGAAAUUUGUUAUAACACACUCAUUAGAUCAUUUUCAGUUACAUCAGUUGGGCACGAGAUCGCUCGUGAAUCUUUUGUUCCUGAUAAACAGGUCCAUUUCCACUUUUAGUUUACAACUUAUGGUUUAGUGCUUGUACAGUUGUGCCUUGUUGCAGCAGGAUUUGUCUCAUACCCAGCUGGGGACUCCAGUCAAUUUGUUUUUCUUUUCAGAUGGAAUGGGUUUUUGUUGUUUUUUUUUCCUGUUUUGAGAUUAGAGUAAUAUUUUGUUACUUGCCUCUUCAUUUAUUUUUCCCCUUCUAGAAUCUCCUCAUGUAGGCUGAUUUCACUGCUGUAUGUAGCGUCUUUGCUAUUCACUGUUGAGAUGUAGAGCUUGAAGAAAUCACAUCAGUAAACUGAUUUGAUGAUGUGUAACUUCAGUCAAAUUUGUACCAUGUGUUAAGUGCAAAAUGACUUACAAGUGUAUCUCUGCCAUCUUGUACAGUUAAUGUAAACCUUUCACAACUCCUGUCAUUACAUUGUGCCACAGCAAAAACAAAGGUAGGAUCAACAUUUCUGCUGGCAUGAAAUGACAGAACUGAAAAUCUGCUGGCUUUACCAGCAGUGCUGCAACAAGUGUUCUCCAUGAAGUCUCCUUUCCUGCUAAAGACAUUUCUUUUGCUUCUGAACUUCUGUGGAACAGAAGGUGUGUAGCAGUUGAAUGGACUGCUCUGUGCUGAGAGGACAUCGUGGGAACUAACUUGGAAAAAUACUCCUUUUAAUUAGUAUUUUAUACAUAAUGGGACAAGGGUGAGACGUGAUUCAAAUUAAGGAUGGUGCAGGAAGAGCUUGGAGGGCAAAAUGUAUCUGUUGAUAUAUUGUUGAUAUGGCUGUAUUUAUAAUGGGAGAUCAAACUGAUAAAGGAUUAAAUUACUUCUUGCAAUCGUG